AUGAAUCUAAAAGGCACGCCGGAAGUAAUCAACGUUACUGAAGAUGGGAUCCAUAACUCCGGGAAAAGAAGUGACAGCGGAGGGCCCUCUUUUUCAACACCUCAAUAUCAAACUAAUCCGAUAAGAGGAAGCAACCCAAUUGCUUUCAACCUGAGCACUGAUGAACAACCAACGCCAGGCAUGACAGCACAAGAUUUAUACAGUGAGAUGCUAAAAAAGAGAAGAACGAAGGGAGAAGGAGAAAGAAGAUGCCCCACCAAAAAGCAAGCGACAAGACAAAGAUGCGGGGAAAGAGCAGCCGAAGAAAAAACACCAAGAAGGGGAGGGCGAGUCCUCAUAAUCGCCCCAGAAGAGCAAAGCCACAUACAGCCUGAGAUCGAGGAAGAUUUGGAAGAAAAGAUCGCCAAAGCACUCAAAAUGUGUAAGUCAGAGCAGCUGGAUAUAGACGAUCUCAGGCUGAAGGGAUCACCCCUUUCACCCGAGAUCAUGGAGGAAACCAUCCCAUAUAGCAUGAAGCUACCAGUUCUGCCAACCUUCAACGGAGAAGGGGACCCCCGAGAUCACACUUCCAGAUUCACAGCCACCAUGGGGCUACUCAGCGUAUCAGACGCUAUUUUGUGCAGGGUUUUCCCAACCACACUAACGGGCACCGCCAAGAAGCGGUACAACAAACUGAAACCAGAAUCCAUCAAGAGCUUCGCUUCGCUAUCAACAGAAUUCCUCAACAGAUAUCUCACAAACAUACCGGAAAAAACUACCACCUGCAUCCUAAGAUCAUGCAUGCAAGAAGAAGGAGAAACCUUACGAAGCUAUAUCGAACGAUUCAACAAGCAAGCUAUGAAAAUUGAUAACCUAAACGUUGACAUGGCGACCGAAGCAUUGCGAGAAGGAACACGAUUCAAAAAACUGGUAGACAAGCUGCUGGUUAAUAAAUCCACGACUUUCUCGAACCUGAUGGGCAUAGCCAAAAAAUACUUUGAGCUAGACGAGGUGCGAAGGGCGAUUCGUGGAAAAGAAGCGAAAGGAAAAGAAUCGAAAGAAAAAUCCAAAGAGAAGUCGAAGUCAAAAUCCGAAGAUAGGAGAGGAAGCUGCAGAGAUUUGAAGGUCGAAAUUGAGAGAAUGAUCGACACAGGUGAAUUAAGGAAAUUCGUGGCCCGUAAAGAGAAAAGCAAUGACAAGGGAGAAAAGAGAAGCAGAGAUGACAAAGCAAACGAAAAAGAAGACGAACGCCCAUCCAAAAUAUUGGGAACCAUACACAUGAUCAAUGGAGUUGGACACAACAACUCAACGAUUAGGAGAAAGCAAAGGACAGAAGUGAUGAACAUCAGAGAAACUCACAUGCCACCCAUAAUCUUUGAUGUUGAAGAUUAUGAACAUGUCAAAGUACCCCACAACGAUGCCUUGGUAGUGACUACUAUCAUUGAGAAUUGGAACAUGGAGCUAAUCCUAAUCGAUGAAGGAAGCGCAGUGAACCUUAUGACAAACGCGGCGUACAAAAUGCUUGGAGGAACCGCAUCAAGGUUGCGCCGAGUCCCGAUUCCACUGUUAGGACUCGGUGGCCCCUCCAUCAAUCCGCUAGGAGCAGUUACCCUGGAAGUGAUAAUCGGCCCAGAGAGAGGAAUCAACAAGAAAGUUAUGUCACUAUUUAACUUAGUAGACAUGGAGCUAACAUUCAAUGCCAUCCUCGGAAGACCUUUCCUUCAUGACUCAGCUGCGGUGACUAGCAUAAGAGCAUUGACAAUGAAAAUACCAACCGAGAAAGGAGUAGUGACGCUGAGAGGAGAUCAGAAUAUCGCUAAGAAAUGCUACGACGAGUCCGUAGUAGACCUUCAAGAGAACAAGACCGAGAAGAAGGAAGAAUAG